AUGGUUACUGUUGCAGUUGCAGGCGGUACAGGCAAAGUCGGCCGAACCAUUGUCGAGGCCAUUGUUGCCGCAGGAGAGCAUAAAGUCGUUAUCCUCAGUCGAGAGAAGCCAAAGGAAAACAAGUCACUAGAAGAAGAGAUUGGAGCUUCUGUCCUGGCGGUAGACAUUCAUAACAUCAACGCCCUGACACAGCUUUUUGAAAAGCACAAUGUGCACACCGUUAUCUCGACACUUGGCAUGAAUGGACCAGAACCUAUCGAGAUUGAUAUUAUCCGUGCUUCAGAAGCUGCUCACCCAACAAAACGCUUCAUCUCGAGUGACUGGGGUCUUCCCCAUACAGAAGAACAAGCAGCUCAGGCCAAUUCAGCCAACAACAAACUUCGUGCUCAAGACGAGCUGAGAAAGACAAACCUCGAAUGGACAUCGAUCCAUAUCGGUUUCUUUCUUGAUUUCUGGGGCUCGCCUAAAUCUGCUGCGAAAUCAAACUUACACACUCCUUCGACCUUUGUCGAUAUCAAACAUCGAGCCGCUGCCAUCCCAGGGUCCGGAGACGUUCCCGUCACGUUUACGUAUAGCCGAGAUGUAGCGCAGUUCGUUGCUGCGCUUCUUAACCUCGACAAGUGGGAGAAAGCAACGUAUAUUAUUGGUGAUAAAGUCACAUUCAAUGAGUUGGUGAAGAUUGCCGAAGAGGCUACAGGUGAUGAGUUCACUGUUACUUAUGAUAGUGUUGAGAAGUUGAAGACUGGAGAGUUGAGUGAGCUGCCAGGCCAUGAGGCGAUGUUUGCCAGAGUACCUGCACCCAAGGCGGUUAUGAAAAAGGUGAUGGCUGCCUAUGGUUUGUGGGCAGAGAGUGGUGGUUUCAACUUGGAUGAAAGCAAGGCUCUGAAUAAUGUCUUCCCGUAUAUCAAGCCUAUUACUGUCCGGGAAUUUCUGGAAGAUGCUUGGGGGAGUGAGAAGAAGUAG